AUUUUUCAUAUUGGAAGUGAAUAUUUUUUUUCAAAUCCUUGGCUUGUAGACCAUAGUAUCUGAGAGAUCUAUCUAGCCUACAGAUUUAGAAGCCACUACUGUUGAAAUUGCAGCAGCAAUUUAAUGCUAGAAUAUUAUGUUUCAAACUUGUGGUGUGAUGUUUUCCACGAGAUUGAAAUUAGGGAAUUAUCUUAUAUCACUGACAUUUGAGGAUAAUUAAAAAUAUGUAAUUACAGGAUGAUGGCUGCAUGCAAAAAUUUGAGUGAAGACAAUUUCUCCAUUCCCGUUGAGCAUAACAGCAUGGAGUCGAUUCUGGAAAAGAAAAUGCACUUUAUAUUCAUGGAGGUCGGGGUGCCAGCUGUCAGUGCUUUUGGAUUAGUGGGAAACAUCCUUAAUCUGCUCGUAUUGACCAAAGAAAAGGUCAACCAUUGUUUGACAAAGAUGGAGAAAUCAGCUCACAUAGGAUUAAUUGCUUUAGCUGUUUCUGACUUCAUGUUUUGUCUCCUGGCCUUAUUGUUCACCAUACUGCCACCACAGGAAACAUAUCGAGAGCGAAACGGAGUCCUCUACUAUCGUUGGCUUGGAAAUGGUUUCAUCACUUUCUUCAUCAUCAACAGUACAUGGUUAAUUGUGGUAAUGGCAGGGGAAAGAUACCUUGCCGUCUGCCAUCCUUUUAAAGCCAGGAAACUGAUAUCGCUCAAAAAGACCAAGAUUGCUAUCUGUCUGGUGUACAUGAUCUGCAUUCUUUCAAUAAUACCACUGUUUUUUGAGUCAGAAAUAGUAGAAACAACAUGCAUUGAUGGUUCCCGACUGUACAGAAUUGAGAGACGUAAAAAUUACAGUGACCAAACACGAAGAAUGCUGUGGUCCAUUAUUUUCGAUUUCAUUCCAUGUAUUGCCCUCUUGUUCUUUAACGUCUGUCUGGUCUGGAAUAUUCGCGUAGCCAAGCGCAUACGUAGAGAGCUGACCCCCGGACAGAGCAAUGACAUUGUUAUGUACUGCUCCUCAAUGAAAAGCACAGAGGAACAAGGCACUCAUUCCUCCUCCAGAUCCAACAACAGCUGUAAUGGUUGUCCUAAAAAAGACCUGGCACAGAGCUCAUUGAUAAAAACCAGAAAACCGGGAAUGGUUUCCCAUCGCAGACGGAGCUCUGACAGUGCCCUUAACAGUGUGACCGCCACAUUACUGGCAGUGGUUGUGCUCUUUCUAAUACUUGUUUCCCCAUCUGAAAUCAUUAAGUUCAUUUACGCCAAGAUUCACAUAGUUGACUCCGUUGGUAAAAACAAGCACUAUUACUACCACAAGAUUAUACUGCAUGUGACAAAUUUUAUGCAAGCUCUGAACUUUUCAAUUAAUUUCAUCUUAUACUGUGCUGUUAACAAAUCUUUCAGAAAAACACUCCGUAACCUUUUUCCUUUCUGUCACCAAAGUCGGCCCAGAGCUCAAUUCAUCAAACGUAUGCCACAAACACACUGUCAUAACCUGACAUAAAAACAAAUUGUUUAAUCUGUAUAAAUUGUAUAGACAUGACCUCAUUACAUGUAUUUGGCUACAAUUUCUAUGUUUACAAAAAGGAACCAAAAAAUGGGAAUGAAAUUGUUAAUAAAAAAAGAAUUCUGCAUUUCUAGAAUGCUACGUCCCAUGAACUAUGCAUACUUAUAGCUUCUCUUUAAAAUGCUGCCUCUUCACAACUGGAGAGGGGAAGGAUUGUGGAUACUACACAAACAAUGUAAUAUUCAGAUUCUACGGAUUUUUUUUCACAAAGCAAUUCCAUUAAAGUGUUAAUUUAAACUAUUUCACAGUAUAUUGUAUAAAUUAUAUAAUAGCAGUAACUGUAUGCAUUGAUGGUUUCUUAAAAUAAAAAUAAUA